CUGUCGAUAAGUCUGGAGAACUACUGUCCAGGCAGAUGAGUUGAACUGCCAUGAGAGUCACCGAUAAGUCAAUACUUUCGUCGUUUCGUUUUACAUGCAAAUUGAUACAAUGCAUACCUAUAUGCAUGCUUAUUUCAAUGAUCAUUAAUAUUGCAUACCACCGUUUGAAAUAUACAAACUUAGAAGGAAACAUCCGAGAAAUUCUUCGUUUUUCGUCAGUUGACUCCUCGUCGUACACAAUUCCUCUGCGACGUAAGUACGUGCCUAACUAAUAAAAAUGUUUGAUGUUCCAAUAAAUUCCACCGCAACUUGCAAGGAGUAUUUUAGCAAUCCACAACUAAGCAUUCCAAAAUUUCUUAUUGCGUAUGCAAUAUCACAAUGCUUAGAAAACUUAGAGGAAGGAAGAGGGGGUGGGUUUGGCGUUGACCUCUUCAUUACCGCCGUUGCUAAGGAAUACUUUGAGCGAGCGAGUCAGAUUAUGAUAAUGUACGACGAGUCGUGGGACAUCACCGAAAUGCUCAUUAAGCUGGAAAGUACGACUCUAAAAUCGUUUGUCACGUACUACUUGCCGAAUGAAGUAAAUCGAUCACUGCAUACCGACUCAAGACCACCCGAUCAUCUCACUCAUAAAUUGCUUCCAAAGGGGGUAGCUUUCAUAAUUUUUGUGAGGGAUGAGGACGCAUUCAACAAUAUAUUGGAAACGAUGGGAAAAUAUCCAUGGUGGAAUAAAAGGGCUAGACUUUUGAUUAUGAUUAAAGACAAAGCUCUUGAACCAACCAAGGGGAUAUUGGAAAAUCUGGAAAAAGAGAAGAUUUUUAAUGGUGUGGUUGUAACGGAAUUUGUGAUAAAGGAUAAUUCAACUGGGGAUUCUGGAAGUUCUGGAAGUUCUGGGACUUCAUUUACUGAUGAAUCUGGAAAUACAACUACGUCGGGCAUGGAGCUGCAGGUUGUGGCUUUAGACCCUUAUCCAGCUCCAGGUCAUUCAAAACAGUCUUUUGUGGCAAGAUGGAAGGGAUCCGAAUAUACUUCUGUCGUGCGCCCGAUAUUCCAAGAGAAAAUUGAUAACCUGCGUGGAAAUAAGUUAAUUGCGUGCGUGUUCGAAUUUCCACCACUGGUUAUCAAAACAGAAAUUGCGCCAGGAAACUAUACAUACACUGGACAAGAAGUCCGCAUUUUUCAAGAAUUUGCAACCUUGUUAAACUUUACCUACGAUUUUAUAGAACCCCCAAAUGGAACUAAGUGGGGAAUAGAUCUUGGAGGUAAUAAUUGGACUGGAUUGAUUGGAGAAACUCAGAGGAAUGCAGAUUUUGGAUUUGCGUCAAUUUUUCUACUCGAUAAUCGCGAAAGAGCCGUAGAUGUAACCAACCCAUACGAUCAGGAUCAAGGGUGUUUCGCCGUCCCAAGACCCGAAGCAUUGCAAAACUGGGUCGGGCUCAUCCUUCCAUUUUCCUGGCAAGUGUGGGCUUGCAUUUUCGCAAUGGCCUUUGUUGCAGGCCCAAUUUUUGCAGGGAUCACUCGCCCCUUAAGAAUCGAUAAAUCCCUCACAGUUGGUCGUGGUAUUUUCUACGCUAUGGGAUCCUUGGUGUCAGCUCAGAAAGCUCCCCAAGCCAAAAGUCAUAGUCUAAGAACGUUCAUUGUUGUUUGGCUGAUUUUCUGCUGGUUGGCAUUUAUACUUUACAGGGUGGCUUUGAUAGUCUCUCUUACGACAGGACCUUCCAGCUAUAAAUUGGAUAAAAUUUCCCAGCUUGUAAGCUCGGGGUUGGAAUGGGGCGGGUUUAUCGAAGUUCUCAAAACGUUUACGAACACAACGGAGAGAAAAAAAACCGACACCAAGAGUGAAAAAUCAGACCAGAAAAUGUUUGACCGUUUCGUUGAAGUAACGAAUAUAACGGAAGCACUAAAUCGUGUGGCAUUAGACGGAGACUUUGCAGUCUUGGAUAGUGGAAAAUAUCUUCAAUAUGCAUCGAAAUCAAUGUUUUUUGAUGGAUAUAGCUCAGCAAUACAUGUGAUGAAGGAAUGUCCAACACGUUUUAACGUCGGUUUUGCUGUACCCAUCGGAUCUCCAUUUUUAGAUCGGAUAAAUAAGCUGAUUAGCCGUUUCCAAAGUUCUGGGUUAAUUGAUAAAUGGCUUCAAGAUAUUUAUCACAUGGCUGCUUUGAAGAUUCCAAACAAAGAACGCAAACGGAAAAGAGAUCGAGCCUUGUCCUUGGACAAUAUGAAGUUAUGCUAUAUAAUUUUUUUUUGUGGCCAUUUCUCAGCGUUUCUGAGUCUCUGCGUGGAGAAAUGUAUUACGGAGUAUCAGGCAAGGAAAGGCCUUUUGUUACGUUUUGCUAGAAAAAUUAGCAUCAUUUCUUCCCAAGCAAUGACGCCUUCUUUUCUUAUUACGGACACGCAACCUGGAGAAAAAAAUUCCUUAUCAGAAAUUGAUAUCCAAAAAGAAAAACAUAAAGAGAAACUGGAUAAAAUUACACGACUAGAGCCCCCACCAGAUCCAGACGCAAUUAUGCCUUACGAAGAUGAACAAGAGGAAUAGUAAAAGUGCAUGGCAUUUUCGAAUAAAUCGUCAACAAGUACAUAAUUGUGGUUAGUAAGUAGUUAGCAAAAAAUAAUAUGGCCACUAAUUAAAUACUAGAUUUGUGAUGGCAAAUAAAAUGCUGAAUCUAUGUACUUGAAAAUUUUCUUUGAAACUAGUAACAGAGAAACGAAAGUAGAGACAUGAAGUUAAUUGUAUUUACAAAUAUUUAUUAUCAUUACAAAGUAAGCCUAGUAAAUGAAUUAAAUCAUAAAAACAUGUAUGUAGUUUUACAAUGCCAACACUUAUUUAUUUAACGAAUUCAC